CAAGACAGUUCAAACGAAUUACCCAAUGUACCAAAAAUGUGGACAUGUAAUGGAACAGACAUAAAUAUUCGAACUUAUGAUGGAACUUGCAAUAAUCUUAAGCACUCAAAUUGGGAAACCCAAAAUAGAGUUUAUGAUCGAGGAGAUUUUUUUGCCGAUUACAAGAAUAAUUAUUCUGGUAAACCUGCAAUAAAUAUAAAUGCUAGAAUAAUUUCAAAUAUUUUAUGA